AUGGCCGUGGCCAGCUUCGACGACCGCUCCGCCGUGCUGUGCUACUCGGACGGCGGCGCGGGCAGUGGCAACUGCAGAGCGCUCGGCAUGGCGGAGACGACCACCUCCUCCACCACAGAGACGAGCACCUCGGCGACGAGUGCCACGACCGUCACCACGACCCCGCACACCACCACGGAGACCACCAGCUUGUCGGGCACCAGCACCACGUCCUGGCACACAACCACAGAGACGCUCACCACCACGUCGCCCCACACCACCACUGGAACCAACACCGCUGGCGCAGAGGGGCCGCAGGAUUCGGGGAGCCGGGCACCGGACCUGCUGGGAGCCUGCGUGGCGCUGCUCGCGGCAGCGUCCGUCACGCUGGGCUGA